GCAAGAGAGGCAGGGCCACUUGGUGCACUGCGCGAGGCAACGGAGAGCCAGGGAGCGUGGCACUCACCCGACACACGUGGCUGUGUUUAUAUCGGGGUGAACAUAUGUCCUUUUUAUUCUUCGUGGACCGUGGUGCGGGAGGUUUGCGGGAAGCAGGGAAACACGAGUAUUGACCUACAGCCCCUAACAAAGGACUUUCUAGAUCGCAGCAGCUUAACCAAUCCCAGAGCUGGGUUUCCGUGACGUCGCCUGCUGGGCGGAACGUUUGGUGUUCGUUUGCACUUACAGGACUUGAGUGUAAUAGUCAGGAGUUUCCAUGAUCAGUGUAGGAUAUUGUAAGGAGAACAGUGAAUGUUAUUAUAUGAAAGGAUGGUCAUCUAUUACAAAUGAAUGCGUUACAGAGGGAGAUAGUUGGUAGGAGGGUGGUGGCGGCGCCGAGAGUGUGGCCGGACGAGACACACUGAGACACUUACAGGUGUUUGUAAAUAUUAACAUGGCUUCCAACUUCUACCACUCCAUGGUGCAGCAGCCAACUUUUGUGCCGCCUGCACAGAAUUCUGUUCUACCUGAAGCUCCCAAAGAAAAGAAGAAAAGAACAAGAAAUCCUGAAAACUGGAAAAAAGAGAAAAGAAAACGUGCCAUCCUGUCCGGCCAGCCAUACGUGAACACCAAGGGGGAACUGGUCGGGCCGAGGGCCAUCGGGCCGGACUGUAACUGUAAGAAUAAGUGUUUUACGGCAGUCAACGAUGAAAAUCGCAACGCCAUAUUCAACGGCUACUAUUCCCUGAACAGCUAUGAUGAGCAGAAUGCCUACCUCUAUGGCCUCAUUCGCCGCCACGACAUUCAACGGAAGAGAAAGCCUGUCUCAGAACGGAGGACAUGCUCAUACAAGUAUUAUGUGCGAAUCAAGGGGAAGGAGAUCCAGGUUUGCAAGAAAGCCUUUGCCAACAUACAUGGCAUAUCAGACAAGAAAAUCAGAACAUUGUGCAUCAAGCAUGAGCAGAAUAUUUUAUUUCCCCGUGAUAAUAGAGGGAGGCAUCGGAACAGACCAAAAAAGGUGACCCCAGAAUUGGUGACCCUGAUCAAACACCACAUUCUUAAGAUGCUCUCUGGGCCUAAUGGCAGUGACUACAUCAAGACAGACAAGAACCAAGGUCCUGAUGUAAAUAUCUCUAAACUUCAUAAGAACUUCCUUCAGCAGUAUGAACCUGAGGCUAUAGAUAUGGAGACUGACAAGGUGAUCAAGGACUAUGAUGCAAAAGUCAAGUCUUGGCUCUACUUCAAGGUUUUUCAUGAAGAAUUCAAAUCAAUGGAUUUCAACACUGUCAAAAGGAAGCUGUCUGACCUCCGUAAGAGUCUAGAAGCCUCAGGGGCUAUCCAAACUACGAAAAAGAAAACUCCUAAGCAAUCUCGCUCCCGGCAGCGCUCACAAGAAGUCCAAAACACACGCAACACCCCUGCCAACCUAACAGAAGCACCAGUGCAGACACUGGGUGUGACCAUGUCAGCAGCACCAGGCACCCAGAUGACUGGAUAUAUGGGCAGCCAGCAGCCUCAUGCACUGCCUCCCAACCUACAGCUGAGUGUGCUGGGGCUACAGCACACAGGGGCACCCUUCAACCCUACUUCAGUCCAGCAACCCCAGCAACAGCCUCUCAAUCUCCAGACUGGGGGCAAUGGAAGUGGCCAAGGGGGAGAACAACCUCAGGCCUUGCCCCUCAACCUUCAUUCCAUGGGGGGCCACGUGCCCUCCUACUACCUCUCUCUUGGCCACAUGUCCAACCUCAUCUCUUUGCCAGUGUCUUCUGGAGGAGGAAUACAAUCUGCAAACUCUCAGACUGCUAAUUUCACUGCACAGCACAACAUGCAGCCGUUCAUCCCUGCACACACAGUCAGUGCACAAGCUGAGUCCGGACCAGGAGGAGGACAGCCCCAUGUCAUCCAGGGUGGGGUAGGGGUCACUUAUACUGGUCCUCAACACAACCCAAACAUGUACUGAUUGCCACAGCUUCCUUGUGAUAGUCAGUGAGUGUCUGUCCUUAUCUUGUAAGGAUACACAGGAAGUGUGUCAAAGUUAUGCAACUCGGUGAAAGACAAUGUUUGUACAUUUUUUUGCUACAUUAUUAAGGUGUUCUUAAGUUGUGGGAAGCUGAGAGGAAAUUCAUCAUUACUAUAGAGUUCAUAAAGUUAGCAAACCAUGGCUGUGCUAGAAUAGCUGAUGAAUGAAUCCUUUCCUGUUGCUGUAUACUUUUGUAUUAUGGCUUCAUCACCCACUUAUUAAUUAAUACUGAAAGUCUCCAUCUCUGGAGAGUACAUAUACCUCUUAGGCGGGCAUUAAACAAACAAUAUUGUAAUGAAUAUGAAUGAAAUUUUUAGUAAUUGUUAAUAAUUAUGUUUUUAUAGUAAUUAUUGUUAAUGUGUGUUGUAACUAAACACAAAGUGACUUUUGGUUUUGAGUUGUCAUUUUAUUUGUCUGAAUACUUUGAAUGAUCUGACCCACCAUUUAUUUUCUUAUAGAGAACUGAUGUGAAUAGUCAACUAAAAGAACAGUAAUUUUCCUUGGGCUGAAUUUUGGCAUGGUUCCUUAGUACAGUAAUUCCCUCAAUAACUAGACUCGCCAAUAUCCAGACAGAACUGUAUCUGGAUAUUAAACUGGACACAUUCAGUCAAGUAUCCAGACAUAUACCAGCCACCAUUGUGAUUUGAGUUUCCUGCCAUGCACCUCCUUUUCUCUCAUCUUCUUUCACAAGCAAGGUGACAUGAUUAAUGUUGUGGCAACAAGUGGUUUAUCCACGAGUAAUCUGCAUGCUCAGGUAUAAGAAUUAUAUACGGAAAUAUGUAUACAAUACAUAACCUGUAUGUACUUUUAUUAUUGGCAGAUAUAUUGUAUAUAUUUGUAGUGAUUUUUCAUAGUGGUAUUUCUUACUUUUACUAUUUUUGUUCCGUGUACCUACACAGCCAUAACUCUUCCCUGUUCUUGCUGAGCCUUUGAUCAUGGUCACAUCUUUGCUGUUGUCACCUGUUGCCUCUUACCAUGGAGCACAUGUCUGCUUUUGUGGUUGUGCCAUGGCUUCUUCAAGGCUUACUUACUCUCUCAUGCCUUUCACUGCUGAGAAUGAUUUUUUAUGAUGUAUUAUCACAAAAAAAUUUAACAUUUGUUUCCAUAAGUUAUGAGGCUUCAUUUGACACAGGCACAUACAGAAAACAUAUAAAUCACUGAGAAAAUGCAAUUACAGGUACUGUGGCAGAUAUAGGACAAUAACAUAGAAAGAAAGAAAAAAAAACACCAUAAAUAAGCAUUUGUGACAAAUAUAGAAGAAAUUUAUCUUAAAAUUGGCUGUAUAUGAAUAUAAUACUUUACAAUACCAUUUCCCAUGCCAGUAUUACUGAUUUACAGUAAAUGAUGCAAAUGAAAUGGAUAUUCAAUAUCUGGACAGACAUGCUGUGAACAAAUUGAGAUGGAUAUUGAAGGGAUUACUGUACAUAAUUUGAUGCUUUUGGUACAAAGAACUCAUCACAGUUUACUGUGUAUCACACACACUCAGACACAUUACUUACUAUAUAAGUAUCAUAGGUGCAUCAAAGCUUAUGUACGAGUAUCAUACACCUCUACACUAUCUCUGUAUACCCUCUGUAAAGGAGGUAGCUGAGACAAGGUAUUUCCAUAACUACGUUCACAUUCAUGAUAAGCUAGUACAUUCACAAGUAUCCUCCACAUUUGAACCCCUGGACAUUAGGGAAGAAAGUACUGAACCUCAAAGUAUGAGGGCUGUUCACUGAGUUUUUGGCCUAACAUAGAAGGGGAGACAGGAGCCUGUCUUGGCUGGAAGACAUUCAUACAUGUACCAACAAGUAAUGCAUGGACUGGCAUCCUCUCAGUGAUUUUAUUCAGUUCAACGGUGACUUUUUGUGAGUAGGGAUGGUGCCUUUUGGCAAAAUGAAAGAAGUUGAACAGCGGGCUUUGAUAAUGUUUUCCGUGAUUCAAGGGAAAGCGCCACAGUUGAUUCAUAAAGAAUUGAGGAUAGCACUAAGGGAAUUGCCCUAUUCUCUUCCACUGUCAAACAUUUUGGUGUUUUUCUUAAGCAGGAGAUGGAUUUGUUGUUACCAUCUUGCACAAUCACCAACUUUUCCAAGGUGUCUGCCCAAUGGAUACCAGGAAUGCUACUGCUUGACUAGAAGAGGAACCAGAUAAUGACAUCAACAGAGAUGUUGGCCCUCAUGAGAGCAGAUCCAGAGGGAUUCAUGGCCCAAAUCAUAACCCAUGAUGAAACGUCGGUUUCUCAUUUUGAUCCAAAAACCAAAGUUGAACCAAAGCCAAAUCUAAGCAAUAGAAGUAUCCCUCCUCUCUGACACCAUAAAAAUUCAGGGUCAUGAAGUCAUCCCAGGUUAUGGUAACGUGUUCUCGGACCCUGAAGGGAUCCUCCUCAUGUAAUUCUUGGAUCAUGGUUGUACCAUUAAUGGACCAUAAUAUGCUGAUCUACUGGGGAAGCUUCAGGAGGCUCUGUUUGAAGAAUGCUGAGGGAGAGUGACCUGAGGUGUUCUCUUGCAUGGCAAGAGUAUGGUGACCCGUCAAUAAAGUGGUGUCCUGUGGCUUCAAAUUGUUGCCCCAUCCCCCUUAUUCCCCUGAUCUGGCACCAUCUAACUCACUUUUCCCACAUGGAGAAGCAGCUGCAGGGCAUCUCUUUCACUGAUGACAGAGACCAAAGGAGGUCAUGGAGGUUUUGGAGGGAUUCAACCCACUAUUCCUCAGAGAUAGAUUUUUGCAGUUGAAGACAAAACUGGAGAAAUGCAUCACAGUUGAAGGUGAUUAUGUUGGAAAAAAAAAAAAAGUUGAGUGAACCUUUGCUCUUUUUUUACACCUGGGUUAGGCCAAGAACUCAGUGAACAUCCCUCAUAUUAGUGUCCGUUGUGCAGCAUAGUAAACAACUUCCACAUCAGGGCUAACAGCAGAGCUAAUAUACCCUUGCUGCUCUGUAGUACUAGACCUAUCAGACUCACUGCAUCAGACCCGAUCAGUUUUUAGAUCUGAUGCAGAAUCUUGCAUCAAGGCAAUCAAACUUGUUCCUUUUCAUGCAUUCACAAUUUCUUCAUUAAUUCCUGUUAUGCAGAAUUACUCUUCCCUGCUCCUUAACCAUCUUUCUUGCAGCUAAUGCUCUCUCCACAUGAUUAAUUUGCUCCUGUGGUCUCUGUGGUCUUCCACUUAGCCUUAUACCUUUCAAGUGAGAUCUUGUUAUUUCACAGUAUAAUCAUAUAGUAGGCUUAGAUCACUUUAAAGGGAGGAUAGCACAAAUGAAACAUUAUGCCACUCCUUGACAUAAGUUGGGUGAUUCUAUAAAACAGUAGUGCUUAGCUCAUUGCUGAUAUGAUGAGAGUUUAAUCCUGGUGUCUGGCAGCUCCUCAGUGAAAGCAUUGGCUCACUUCAUAUCAUCAGGAUGAGCUUUUUGGUCCAAGGCAACUGACUCAAGGAAUGCUUUGAUCUGACAAAUGAAAUAUAUUACAAUGAGAAAUGUCAUAUAUAAUAAUGUAUAUGCAGUGCAACAAAUUUCAGUUCAUGUACCACACAGUGCAAUACACAUUACUGAGGGCCAAAGACUAAUUUUUCCCAGAUGUGCAGUGAUUAUUAUGACACAAACAGAAGAGUGGACAUAAUAUUCAUAAUUUUCUGACCUACAUUUCUCAUUCUGUGCCCUGAGAAUGUUGGUCAUCAGCUAAAUGAUUAUGAUACAUUGUUAAAUCAGGGAAGGUUUGUUGGUUUAAAACAAUUACUGGCUCACCUAUUCUUCAAGGCAGCCAUGUGACACUGGUAUCUUGUGUCCAGUGGAUUGUAAAGUAUUUUGUAAUAGAAUACUAAAUAAUUAUACAAUGCAUGAUGGGAGGGGAAAAAAGGAAAGAAAAAAAGUAAAUGAUUAUGACAUACCCAUGGACAUGAAGAAUCACGGAUAUUGGAAGAUUUGUAAUACGUACUUUGUAAAAAUAAGGCAUUAUGAGGCCAUACAUAAAACCCUCACUCUGUGCCA